AUGGAGAUCAGGAGCAGGAGUUUCGUGGCCUACCUCCUCGCGGCCUUCUCCGCCGCCAUCUUAUCCGUAUUCCUCCUCCCCAGAGGCCUCCGGGAAGACGGGUCCUCCCUACUCCUCCAUGGCCUCGCCGCCGGCCCCGUUCGAGUUUGGCCGGUAACCUCCUUCUCCCAAUCCUCCUCUUCCUCCUCCUCCUUCUCAUCGCUUAUUUCCUCAUGUCUUGCCAUGGGAGAAUAGGAUCUCGAGCUCAAUUGGCGGAGCGCCAUGGCGACGCUCAUCGGCUUCCUCGGUUCGGCGUUCGGCACCGUGGGCGGCGUUGGCGGCGGCGGCAUCUUCGUCCCCAUGCUCAACCUUAUCGUCGGCUUCGACACCAAGUCCGCCGCAGCUCUCUCCAAAUGUAGCUUCCCCCCGUCGCCUCUUCCUCCCGCUCGAUAUCUCUAUCCUUGGAAGCACAUCUGACUCGUCUCUUAUCGCCGGCGGGGUUCUCAGGCAUGAUAAUGGGGGCGUCGGCGUCGUCCGUCUGGUAUAACAUCAGGGUGGCGCACCCAACCAAGGAGGUGCCCAUCAUCGACUACGACCUCGCCCUCCUCUUCCAGCCCAUGCUCAUGCUCGGCAUCACCAUCGGCGUCUCACUCAGCGUCGUCUUCCCCUACUGGCUUAUCACAGUGCUCAUCAUCAUCCUCUUCAUCGGUAAUCAUCAUGAUCUCUCUCUCUCUCUCUCUCUCUCUCUCUCUCUCUCUCUUUCUGUUUGUCUCUAUCCACGGCUCUCGGCUGUUACUGCAGUCUCUGCGGGGAUAAUUCUCACACUGGCAAUCUCCUUUCAGGCACAUCAUCGAGGUCUUUCUUCAGAGGACUUCAUAUGUGGGAGCAGGAGACUCUCUUCAAUGUCUGGUCAUUCAUUCCCUUUCAUUCACCUGCAGAAUCCGAGUGACGGCUCUUCUAGAUAGAAUCUGACCCGUUUGCGAAUUCUUUUCUUCCGCAGUUGGAGGAAGAGAAGAAGAGGCAGGAGACCCUCUCGAAGGCUAAUGGCGAUGAAGGUGCCUAUCUCUCUCUCUCUCUCUCUCCUUUCCUUCAUUGAAGAAAUUCAGUCGAGCUCUGGUCUUUGAAAGUGCACCUGUUAAAUCUUCUCGCUUCUCUACAGUGAUCAUCGACGCGGAUUACGCACCGCUGCUUCCUAAGAAGGAGAGAUCUGGAAUGGUACGCGGAAGAAUUUUUUUUACUUUUAUGGUAGCAUAGAAUCUGAGUUUACCCAUGAUCGAAUCCGGACAGGACAUUCUUCGAUCGAAUUUGAGAUGGAGAGGGAUUCUUGUCCUGCUCGUCGUGUGGGUCUGCUUCCUGCUGCUGCAAAUCACCAAGGCAAGAAGACGCUCUUUCUAACCCAAGCCUUCUUCUCUUGAGUGAUCUCCUGCUCUCACCUAGUUCUCGUCUGUUGCCAGACCAACGCGCCCGUCUGCAGCCCGAUGUACUGGUUCGUCAACGUCUUGCAGGUGGGUGUUAGAGACAAGAUCAGGCUCUUUGGAAUGGCCGUCGACGUUACUGAGUUUCCUCCGUCUCCGGUUGCAGUUCCCUGUGUCGAUCAGUGUGUUCGCGUGGGAAGCAGUUAAGCUGUAUAAGGAGAGCAAGGAGAGGAGGAUGGCCGGCAACUGGGAAUGCGUCUGUGAGGCCUCCAUUGAGUGGACCGCCCCUCAGCUGCUCUUCUGCGCCCUCUGCGGCAUCUUAGGCGGCACCGUCGGCGGCCUCCUGGGCUCCGGCGGCGGCUUCAUCCUGGGCCCACUUCUGCUCGAGAUUGGCGUCAUCCCUCAGGUCAAAAAACACCCUCUUCCCUAUUCGACCAUAUGAUUCAUUCACAAAAUCUAACGAUCAUCCGACGACGAUUACGCCGGUGAUUGGACCUGCAGGUCGCGAGCGCCACCGCAACGUUCGUGAUGCUCUUCUCCUCCUCUCUCUCCGUCGUGGAAUUCUACUUCCUGCGGAGAUUUCCCAUCCCAUACGGUGCGCUCUCGCCGAGUUUGAUCUUUCAUUGCUCCGGAAAUAUACGACCGGCAGCGGGCUAAUUGUCUGGGUUCCCUCCGCAGCACUGUACCUCAUGAGCGUCUCUCUAAUGGCGGGGUUCUGGGGGCAGUUCUUCGUGAGAAAGCUGGUGCUGAUGCUUAAGAGGGCGUCCCUCAUCGUCUUCAUCCUCUCCUCCGUCAUCUUCGCCAGCGCUCUGACGAUGGGUACGCCCUCUUCCCGCCUGCAACUCCGCCAUCUUCCCUCCCCCUCACUUCCAGUCCUUCAUCUUCCCCCCUCUCUCUCUUUCUCUCGCAGGCGUCAUCGGCGUAGAGACGAGCGUCCGCAUGAUCAAGAACAACGAGUACAUGGGGUUCCUCAGCUUCUGCACUGAGUGA